GGUAUUUAUUGAUAGCCCCCUCGAAACAAUCUGCAUUUAUCACGGACUAAAAUGAGACCUAUUGCGGUUUAUGUGAUUGUACCAUUCUUAUCUCUGAAUAAAGUUAUAUCACUACAUUAUAAGCAUACGACAUAUGUAAGACAACUGAAUACGCCAUCGACGUCACAGCACGCCCCAGGGGCGUCCAACGAAGUGGAGAAAGUGGAAAAAUGUGGAGAGAUAUGCCACUUUUCACCUACUUGCGCUCUGUUCUUCUUUAACGGAACCCAUUGCGUGACUUACAGUGAGACUAUGCAGUUCGAUGAAGGAGGAGGUGAUAGCUUGACGUAUUUUACCCAAGCCACCAGCUUGUUUCGUUCCGAUAUCGCUGAUCAAAUAAAGUCUGAAUGCACGUCAAAUGGAUACAUCUACGAUCCCCUAGUUCCACUGUGUUACAAAGUCAAUACUAUUGGCUUAACAAAGUCUGCCGCUGAGACAUCCUGCCACCAAAACAAUGGUCAUUUGCUGAGGAUAAACACAUACAGGAAACAGCUCUUGGUAGAAUCCUUAAACUUGCAAUCAACAGGCUCUGUCUCGAAAUAUCGAAUUGAUGGUGAAAAACAAGCCGAUAAUACCUGGACCUUUUCUGACGGACGAGAAAUAGCCACUUUUUACUGGUACCCCGGGGAACCGAAAGAUGGCAUCGAUUCCAUCGCUUUGCGGACAUCAUACAAAGGAAAGUGGGACGAUGUACACGAAACUUUUGCCCAUGGAUUCAUUUGUGAACGGACUCCAACCAUCUUAUAAAACGUCUAUAAUUUUCCGUAAACGCCGAAAUUUAAUGACGUUUAAUGUCGAUUAUAUGCCAAGUAAAUGCCAUGUUUAAAUAAAAUUAAACGUCAUUUUACGUCUAAUUGAGAAUUUAAUCAUCUUAUUUUACUUUAAAGACCAUGGAAACUGGACAUUAUUAAGAUCAACAUAAAAUCCCGGUCUGAUUAUGAA